GCAGAGAGAUUGAGAGAGAGAGAGAGAGAGAGACAGAGAUAGACGGAGAUCUCUGGAGCAGACCUCAAGGUGACUUCCGUUUCUAUCUGGUUCACGUCUGGGGGGGCCCUGGCCGGGCAGCCCCCCCACAUUUCUCCCGCCCUGAAACACGGCUCUAGCCAACCUGCUCCGCUGCUUCACCUGCGACCGUCUGUGCGGGGGCUGCACAGCGCCAGCCCCUCCAGCCCGCCAGGGCAUCGUCCUGCAGCCCGUCAUGCCCAGCUGCGACCCUGGCCCGGGCCCCGCCUGCCUCCCCACCAAGACCUUCCGCAGCUACCUGCCCCGUUGCCACCGCACUUACAGCUGCGUCCACUGCCGUGCACACCUGGCCAAACAUGAUGAGCUUAUCUCCAAGUCUUUCCAAGGGAGCCAUGGCCGAGCCUACCUGUUUAACUCCGUGGUCAACGUGGGUUGUGGACCGGCGGAACAGCGCCUCCUGCUCACGGGGCUCCACUCGGUAGCUGACAUUUUCUGCGAGAGCUGCAAAACCACCCUGGGCUGGAAAUAUGAGCAGGCUUUUGAGACGAGCCAGAAGUACAAGGAGGGGAAGUACAUCAUUGAAAUGUCACACAUGGUGAAGGACAACGGCUGGGACUGA